AUGUCGACGUGGGGUGAACACUUCAGAGUCACCACUUACGGUGAAUCCCACUGCCGCUCCGUCGGCUGUAUCGUCGAUGGCUGCCCCCCUGGCAUGGAGCUCACCGAGGACGAUGUUCAGCCUCAGAUGACUCGGAGACGUCCCGGCCAGAGCGCUCUGACGACGCCCCGGAAUGAGAAGGACCGCGUGGAAAUCCAGUCGGGUACCGAGUUCGGCGUCACCCUGGGCACCCCGAUUGGCAUGAUGGUUCGCAACGAGGACCAGCGGCCUAAGGACUAUGGCGGUAGCACCAUGGACUUGUACCCCCGUCCCAGCCAUGCCGACUUCACCUACCUCGAGAAAUACGGCGUGAAGGCAAGCAGUGGAGGUGGUCGUAGCAGUGCUCGGGAAACCAUCGGCCGUGUCGCCGCCGGUGCCAUCGCCGAAAAGUACUUGCGUCUUUCCCACGGCGUUGAGAUCGUGGCCUUCGUCUCCUCCGUCGGCAAUGAGCACCUGUUCCCCCCCACCCCGGAGCACCCCACCGCUUCGACCAACCCCGAAUACCUGGACCUCCUCGAAAAGAUUGAUCGCAACAUGGUCGACUCGUUCGUCCCGACCCGUUGCCCCAACGAAGAGGCUGCCGCGCGUAUGACCAAGGUGAUCGAGCAUUUCCGUGACAACCACGACAGUAUCGGCGGCACUGUGACCUGCGUCAUCCGCAACGUGCCCGUGGGUCUGGGCGAGCCCUGCUUCGACAAGCUCGAGGCGAAGAUCGCGCACGCCAUGCUCAGCAUCCCCGCCACCAAGGGCUUCGAGAUCGGCUCCGGCUUCGGUGGCUGCGAGGUGCCCGGCUCCAUCCACAACGACCCCUUUGUGGCGGCGAACGUGGAAACCCGCAACGGCAGCAACACCACCAGCGGCCAGCGACUGACCACCAAGACCAACAACUCCGGCGGUAUUCAGGGCGGUAUCUCCAACGGCGCCUCGAUCUACUUCCGUGUCGCCUUCAAGCCCCCUGCCACCAUCGGCCAGGCCCAGACCACCGCUACUUACGACCUCGAGCAAGGUACCCUGGAGGCCAAGGGCCGCCACGACCCUUGCGUCGUGCCCCGCGCCGUCCCCAUUGUCGAGACCAUGUCCGCUCUGGUCAUCAUGGACGCCUUGAUGGCCCAGUAUGCCCGCGAGAGCGCCAAGUCUCUCCUGCCGCCGCUUCCCAAGACCAUUCCCACCCGUCCCACGACGGCAGCGAAUGGCUCCGUGUAG